AUGGAUUAUCCACAAAACCCCAUUGAUCCCUACCUCUCUCUACCUCAAAACUCCAUCGAAGCUUUAGAUUUGCUCAAAGCUUCAGGCCUCUCUGCGUUGCUAUCAGUGUUCUGUUACACUGAAUUUGCUGUGGAAAUACCUGUGGUAGGUGGGUCUUUCUCAUUUCUUCGAAUCGAGUUGAGUGAUUUUCUUGCUUUUAUAGCUACGGGUAAUAUUUUACUAGAGGCCGUUGUUGGUGCUGCUGGGUUAGGGCAUUCAUGGUCUUCUUAUUUUGCCAGUAUGAUAAAAUCUGAUUCGGAUUUCCUUAGAAUUCGAGUGAACUCCUUGGCUGAAGGGUUUAAUUUAUUGGACCCAAUUGUGGUUGUGGUUUUAGCGAUUGAUAACACUAUAGCUAUGAGUGGGACACACAGGACAUCUUGCUUGAAUUGGGUUGCAUCUAUUUUCAGUGCUGGGGCUCCUGACUGUGAAACCUUGUUUCAGAAUCUACUAGACCAUGUAAAUGCUAAUGGAGAGUCGAUGCCUAUAGCUUCCUCAAGCAUGAUUCGUUCCCAUAGUGUAUCUGGUGACUUGCAUGGUGUUCAACUUGAUCCUGUAGCAGCUGAUAUUCUUAGGAAAGAGCUAGAGCAUGAAAAUUUUUUAUAUUACCUUGCUUAUGUUAGAAACUUUUGUGUUGGUGGGUUAUUGCUGCAGAGUAUGCAAAUUCAUUUUAUAGCCUCCAAUAAUGAUUGUGGAGUUAGAGACUUUGAUAUGGAAAAAUUUCAACUCUGUAAGCAUUCUCGUUAUCCAUGGCAAGUUAAUAUCAAGCAUGUGUAUCAGGAUGCCAAUAGCAUUGCAGAAUUUCUAGCUUCUUAUGUAGUCCUUUAUGGUAGAAACUCUGAUUUUUUUGAAAAUGGGAAGCUGCCCACUACUGGAAGAGUACUUCUUCAGCAGGACCAAGGCAUGAUGCCUUCUAUAAGAUUGAAGAAGAUGAGUGGCUUUUCUGUUAUGUUUGGUGAGGUGUGCCUCUGGUGUCACUUGUUGUGCUUCUCCGUCCUUUUGGUUGUGCUCAUUGGCUUGAGGCGCUUUGCUGUGGUUUGGGGUCAUGUUGUGAUUGCCUUGCCUAUUCCUCCUUUCUGGUCAUCCCCUAUUUUGCUUGUGUGCACUGUCAAGGGAUUGGGAGGUGUUAUCGAUGUUGUGGAGGUGUAUGUGCUGCUUGGUGUUCUGGGCAGUUUUAAACGGCUUCCUUGGUUCAGUAUCAGUUUGGAUGCAGUGUGUGAUGUGCUUCUGGGCUGCUGGGUUAAAGCCAACCCUUGUUGGCCUUCCUCUUCUUCAUUUGGUUUUCCUGCUAUUGGAGGUGCUGGCUUGGUGUUGCAUUGUUUUGUUUUGACUGGAAUGGUGUUGUGUUAUGCUGUAGGGCUUAUUUUUCUCCUUUGUGCUGUGUUGUGCACUGUUUACGUGACUAUUCACGUGAACAGUCUGCCUGUUGCUGCUGAUGCCUUCCGUUCUGCUGCUGAUGCUGAUGGAUUUUCAACGACUCUCCUCAGCUGCUGGCUCUUAGCUGCUGCUUCCCUGCUGGACUUUAGCUGGAUUUCAGCUUUAUCUCAUGGUUUUUGGUGCUUUCAGCUGGUCCUGCUUGCUGUCUUUGUUGGACAGUCACUGCAAUGUUCAUUUAUGGUGCCCGAAUCAGCCUAG